AUGCAUGUCCCAACAUUGAACAAUCACGGUGUGAAAUUCGACUCAUUGCCACCUGGAGGAGCGACUCUGACAGAUAAUUUGGACAAUGUCUGGAGCAAGGUCCAUCAUUCACUCCUCCAGAAUCAUGUCGGGUUCCUCCUUGUAGCAUUGGGAUUGGAGAACCAUGGCGGAUGGGCAAUCACCCUAGAAACGCUAUCGACAGUUUUGGGGGGUGGUCAAGACUCACCUGGAGCAAAGCUACUUGAGUAUUUCACCAAGGAUACAAUGCCAUUCAAGUGCUUCCUGAGGAUGAGAAUGGAAAGCAAAUAUCGCGAUGACUGUCAGAACCAAGAACUGACCUUUCCUUACAUUACAGUACAUCGAGAGGGAAGUGCCGAAUGUGAUACUCAUGAACUCUCCGCGGUGGAAGUCUAUAAUAGAGACUUAUCAGCCCUCGUUGCACGCGACUUGACAAAGCCAUUUCUUCUGAGCGAGGAAUCAAGUGUGCAUACACAGGUCAUCCCACGAUUGCCAGUGCUAAUAUAG